CGGCGUCCGUGCGUCACCGCAAACGUCACCUUAAAGCCACAGCGGAAGGAAAACAAGAGGACGAGCAAGAGUGUCGCCCUGUGACGUCAUCGUCCGUCACACAAGCCUGCCUGCACACCUCCCGUCGAGGAUUUAUUUGUGUGUGCAAUUGAGCCCCCCAUCCCCACCCCUGCAAACCCGUCCCCUUGACUGGCUGCACUCAUCCCCACAGCCGACCUGGGCUCGGGCCGCGGUGGGGGCUGCUCGGCGCGCCUUGGCUGAGAUUUGUUACCCGACAUGAGCGCACAGGCGGGCGGCGGCGGCGGCGGCGGGUCUCGAAGGUCCCCGUCGCGCCGGUGGAGCUAUCGGGGCUGGAUGGUCUGCCUGUGGCUGGCCCUGAUGGGGCCGGCGGUGGGUUCCGGGGACCCGUGGCUCUCCGCCGAGGCAUGCCCGUCCUCCUGCGUCUGCAGCAACACCAGAAUCUCCUGCGUGGACCCGGAGAAGGGCAUCGGCGUCUUCCCCGUCCUGCAGAGCGAGGCGGAGAUGGAGAACAUCACUGACAUUUACAUCGCCAACCAGAGCGGCUUCUCGUCCAUCAGCGACAAGGACCUGCACUACUACAAGAACCUCCGAAACUUAACGGUGACCAACAGCAGGCUGACGUACGUCUCCAAACUGGCCUUUCAGGACAACGUCAAAUUACAAUACCUGAAUCUGAAAGACAACAACCUGUCGUCGCUGUCCUGGACCUUAUUCCGACACCUCAACAUCUCUUACAUGAUCCUGACAGGAAACCCUCUGCACUGUUCCUGCGAGAACAUGUGGAUCAAGCUGUGGCUGGGAGAGGAGGCCGACACCCAAGAGCUGCGCUGCAUCGAGGAUGGCGGCGGACGCAGCCUGCUGUCCAGACUCAAACUCUCCAACUGUGAGCUUCCCAUGGCGACGCUGACGCCGUCCAAAGUGACCGUCAUGGAGGGCGAGAACAUGCAGCUGUCCUGCGCCACCUCGGGAGUGCCCUCGCCCGACCUCAUCUGGAACAUGGCGCUCGUCACCAGCUACGACAUCGAGACAUCGGGCCAGACCUCUGUGCUACGCUUGUCCAACUUGUCGUCGUUGGACCAUAACAGCAAGAUCAGCUGCACUGCAGAGAACAUCGUCGGCGAGAAGGAGUCCUCGGUGCUGUUGGACAUACUGUUUCCUCCCAACAUCACCAAGUUGAGCGACGCCAUCCCAGAUCACCACUGGUGCAUCCCCUUUAGUGUGGCAGGCAAUCCGGAACCUCAGAUGCAGUGGUUUCUGAACGACAAAGCAGUGACCGAGGACAAAUUCAUCAAGACCAUGAUCUACGAGGAGACUGAGCGCGAGUAUCACGGCUGUCUCCAGCUGGACAGUCCCACGCACCUAAACAACGGCCUGUACACGCUGGUGGCCAAGAACGAGUACGGAACAGACCGCAAGCGGGUCGAGGCCCACUUCAUGCACAAACCCUGGGACGGUGAGGAGUCACACUUGACAGGAACUGAGAAAGAAUCCUACUACUACGACUUCCCCAUAGAUGGCCCCACCGCAGACCCGCCAGAGGACAGAGUCGCCGUGUACGUGGUGGUGGGCAUCGCCGCCGUCGCCUUCUUCGGGUUCCUCAUCAUGUUGGCCAUCCUCAAGUUCGGCGGCAACUCCAAGUUCGGCAUCAAAGGUCCGUCCUCGGUCAUCAGCAACGACGACGACUCCGCCUCGCCGCUGCAUCACGUCUCCAACGGCAGCAACACGCCGUCGUCCUCCGAGAUGGGUCCCGACGCCGUCAUCAUCGGCAUGACCAAAAUCCCCGUCAUCGAGAACCCUCAGUACUUCAGGAGCUCAAACAGCUUGCUCAAGACGGACACGUUUGUCCAGCACAUCAAGAGACACAACAUCGUGCUGAAGAGGGAGCUGGGAGAGGGCGCCUUCGGCAAAGUCUUCCUGGCCGAGUGCUACAACCUGUCACCUGACCAGGAGAAGAUUCUGGUGGCUGUCAAGACUCUGAAGGAGGCCAGCGAAAAUGCCCGGAAGGACUUCCAUCGCGAGGCCGAGCUGCUGACCAACCUUCAGCACGAGCACAUCGUCACCUUCUACGGCGUCUGCGUGGAGAGCGACCCCCUCAUCAUGGUCUUCGAGUACAUGAAACACGGAGACCUCAACAAGUUCCUCAGGGCUCACGGUCCGGACGCGGUUCUCAUGGCGGAAGGCCAGACCACCAGACCGGUGGAGCUGACACAGUCGCAGAUGCUCCACAUCGCCCAGCAGAUCGCGUCUGGAAUGGUGUACCUGGCGUCACAGCACUUUGUGCACCGCGACUUGGCCACCAGGAAUUGCCUGGUGGGCGAGAAUCUGCUGGUGAAGAUCGGAGACUUUGGCAUGUCCAGAGACGUCUACAGCACUGACUACUACAGGGUGGGCGGGCACACCAUGUUGCCGAUCCGCUGGAUGCCCCCCGAGAGCAUCAUGUACAGGAAGUUCACCACCGAGAGCGACGUUUGGAGUCUGGGUGUGGUCCUCUGGGAGAUCUUCACCUACGGCAAGCAGCCCUGGUACCAGCUGUCCAAUAACGAGGUGAUCGAGUGCAUCACCCAGGGCAGGGUGCUGCAGCGCCCCAGGACCUGCCCCAAAGAGGUCUACGACCUCAUGCUGGGCUGCUGGCAGAGGGAGCCGCACAUGAGACUCAGCAUCAAGGAGAUCCACGGCCUCCUCCUCAACCUGGCCAAAGCCUCGCCCGUCUACCUGGACAUUCUGGGAUGAGCGCAACGGUGUAAAAACGACUUUUCGAGGCAAUCCAAAAAAAAAAAAAGGAAAGAAAAGAAAAACACUCCCCCCCAAUUGCCACCCCCCCCCCCUCCUUUAACCCUAUUUCCCAUUCCAUCUUUCCCGGAAAAAGAGGGGAAAAGCUCAUUUCGGGACGCUUUGCUGGACUCGACGGAGUUCUACGGGGAACGCUUCUCGGAGCUUUCCCAUGUAAAUUCGAGACUGGAUGGAGGUUUGCUUUAAUGUGCUUGUGAAGACCACAUGACACCGUGUUGCGACCCCCCCCCACCCCCACCCCUCCAUUAAUCAACCACGCCUACAUAAUGUACACACGCACGCGCUAGUUCCUCGUUCCUCAAGAAAGGGAGAUUAGGGAUGGACAUUCCAGCCAAUCCUCUUGAUCAUUUCAAUAUAUUCCGAUUGAAAAAAAUCAUCAAGUUAUUUUUAAGCCGUUCAUUUGCAUUUGAUUCAUUUGCUCAACACGUUCACCCAACAAAGUGUUCUCAAAGAAAAAUUUGGGGGGGGGGGGGGGACACAUCAAUCCAACUGGAAAGUAACUGUCACGUGUUUAUUUUUUAUUUACCGUAAUUUCCGGCCUACAGAGCGCACCCGGUUAUAAGCCUCACCCAGUACAUUUGGAAAGGAAAUACCAUUUGGUACGUACACAUUGAAACCCACAUUAAAACCCGGGAUAUUAACAAAGACGGUACACAGAGAGUUUAAUGCUAAUGCGAGCGCCACGCUAACGCUAACACUAGCACAAUGCUAACAGGUCCAGUUAAAAAAAAAACUUACCAGUAAAAAUCACUGAGACACAGCAUUUACACGCUAGCGUCACGCUAACAGGGCCGGUUAAAAAGAAACCUACCAAUAAAAAUCACUGAGACACGGCAUUUACACGGUAGCGCAGCGCUAACAGGGCCGGACCGGUAAAAGUCACGUCCUCGGCACAUAUAUUCCACCGGUCUCACUCUUAGCUUUUCCGCUCGAGUGCCCCCUUGCGGCCGUUAGAAAAAAUGCACAAAUUAGCUACAUCACCACAUAAACCACAGGCUUGAAAGUGUGUGGAAAAGGCGCGGCUUAUAGGCUGGAAAUUACAAUAUGUAACAUUCUUAUUAUUACGUAUAUUUUUUUUGUUUGACAGAUUUUGCAUUUGUUAUUGUCUUGGUACAUACAUACGCUGUAGCUGUGUAAAAGCCGCAAUUGCACACAUUGAACGCGAGGUAUUUACAAAGAAAGAUGAUACACAGAGAGUUUAAUGCUAACGCCAUCAUGCUAACACUGACGCUAACACUAGCGCCGUGCUAUUGCCAACGCAGCAUUAACGCUGGCACCGCGCUAACAGGGCCGGUUAAAAAACAAACAUACCAGUAAAAAAUCACUGAGACACGGCUGUUGCACGCUAGCGCAGCGCUAACAGAGCCGGAUCGGGAAAAGUCACGUCCUCGGCACAUAUAUUCCACCGGUCUCACUCUUACCUUUUCCACUUGAGUGCCCCUUGCGGCCGUUAGAAAAAAUGCACAAAUUAGACGCAUAAACCGCAGGGUUGAAAGCGUGUGGGGGAAAAAAGUCGCGGCUCAUAGGCCGGAA